UUAUAUCCCUGCUCGCCUCCUUUCCAGGUAACUUCUGAAGAACUGAGCAGUAUAAUUCAUAAUAUAAUGACCUGGGUUGUGGCUGCAGUGACCAGUUUAUUAUACCCAGCCAUCAGAAAAUAUGAAGGAAGGUUGCAAAAUAUUAUAUACCCAAUGCCUGAUGACUCCACCCUGUCUUCAUAUAGUGCUAGUUGCUGUAGCAUGUGCAGUGAACCGUUUCUGUAUAAAACAAGUAAGACGUUUCAGGCAAAGCCCUGUGCAAAGGCAGCUGACAGGGCAAUAGAGCAACUGGCAGCACCUUUAAAACCAUCUCCUGCCCAUAAAGAAACAAUAGUUGUGGGAAAAACAUAUCACAGGGAAGAACAACCUAAAACCUCUGAACCUAAAUAUAAUGAGACCUUUGAAUCCUCCAAGCUUAAAAUCUGUAAAUCCGAUAGUCACCUCGCACCGAUUAAAACAGACACAAAGAAAUCUAAAGAUGCUAUCACUGAAACAGAUGGCUUAAAACGCCCACUGUCUUCUGAUGAAAAAGCAAAAGCCAUAAAUGAGAUGCAGGAGUUAAAGAAUGUUUUUGUUAACUGUAAAAAUCACCUGAAAGAGGAAACUGAGUUGAUUUUAGAAAACGUUUUUCAUGAAAUGGUGUCUGAAUUUACCCAGACCGUCCCCAUCCUUUCGUCUGUUACGGCCAAAGCCUUGGUUGGCCAAAUUGACACUGACAAAGGAGUCAUCUCCGAUGUUGAUAUCUCCUCAGCAGCUGCUGAAAUUAUGGAAAAUGUGCUUGAGAAGCUACAGGCUGAAGUUGAGACAAAAUGUACUGAGGUAUUUUCACAAGAAAAGUUGUCAGUUCACUUUAAAUCGGACUUAACAGCUAGUGGAGAACAUUUCAUUUCUCCAAAAGAAAGAACUUCAAAAGCUUCACUGCCUUACACUUUGGAGAACAUGAAUGAUAUUGCGGAGGAUAUGGUUCAUGUGAUUUUAGAAAAGCUGGCGGCUCUUGCAUCUUCUAAGCAAAAUGAACUAGCUCAUCUUGAAAUCACAGCUGAACCUGCUUAUCAGCAACACAGGAAAGAUCCAACAUAUACAUUCUUUCAAAGAGCCAGCAAAAGGAAAUCCAGUGCUGAACCUGAUGCAGCCCAUUUGAUUGGCGAAGAAGAAAUACAAAAUUUAGUAUAAAAUAUUUUUUCGCAGUCCUCUCUGGUUGGUUAUAUAGAGGAAGCAAUCAGCACCAUACUAGGUUAUAUACAAACUGGACUUAAUAAUGAAAGGCUUAUUGCAACUGAAGAAACGGUGAUCAUCCUUCAGCUACUUGAUGAUAUCUUGGCUCAGCUACAUCGGAAACCAAAGAAAACAAACGUCCUAAAGAGUAGACACCCCAGACUGAGCAGUCCUUCUGGCACUGAAGAAGAGAACAUAUUUGCCAGCCCUAGAGUAGCUAAUGGUCCUCGAUAUGGAUGCCUGUUUCCACCUAUUAAUGUUCCUGGCAUGGUCCUUUAUUCUGAAGAUGAAAAUGAAGAAAUAGACAAAAUUCUGGAAAAUGUACUGAGUUCAUCUAUCAAAGAUGAAAAAGCAAAAUUGCAAGAACAAGUUCCUGAUCACUGGUUAACAAGAGAAAAUGCUGGUUUAAAGUACAAAAGAUAUAUGAACUUACCUAUGAAGCCUGCUUAUCAAGGCAAAGUAGCGUUUCACGAUUGGGGAUUAAAGACUGACCUUCCAACUUUUAAUAAUAAGGACCAUUUUAAGGACAAGCCAUGUUUGAAUAAAGACAUUUUGCUUUUCAGCCAAGAUGAAAAGCAUCAAAUAGAAAAAGCCUCAGAAAAUAUAAUUACAAGUAUUUUAGCACAGAUGCUCAAAGACAUAUCUUCUGGGCCCUCUGGUCACUUAGAUUAUAAAAAUGGUAAAGAAGCUUCACUUCUUACCUCAGGAAAAGCACAAGAUCUGUCACAUCAAGAAUGGAUGGACCAGAUGUUCUCUGUGUCAGAAAUCCAUACAGUAGCUCAAGAAAUUGUAGAUGCUGUAUUAAAAAUACUUCACAUAGCUUCUAGUCACAUUAUUGGAUAUUCAUCAGUACAUCAGACUUCUCUAGAUGAUGCUGAUGUACCAAAUAACGAGCCAUUAGAAAUAUGGUUUGAAAGUAAAAGGGAGAUGAAAUUUUUAUCUGGACUUGGCAUAGACCCUACAAAACAUCCCUGGUUAGAACCUAGAGAAAGUGAAUCAACAUCUGAACCUGUAGUUCUCAUUAAAGAUAAGAUCAUUUAUACAAUUUUUAAGAAGCUGGACUCAAAAUUUGCCCAAAAUUGCAAAACUGCCUCAAACCAGAAAUCCAUGCUGCCCAUUUGAAGCCUGCACCUGACUGACAAGAAAUCUUUGUUUCAAUCUCACCUUAGUGCUUACACAACUAAAGUGGUAAAAAUUGUUCUGGAUACUAUCCAGAAAGAACUGAGAUAUAAAAAGAAGAAUCUAAAUCUUAGGAAGAGUGACCUUCCCAAGAACUUUAUUGAAACAGGAUAUUUUGCUGACACCGAAAAGGAAUUAGAUUCUGUUGUCACAAAGCUAAAUAAUGACAUUUUGACAAGUCCAUUAGCAACUUGUAUUUGUGAAGUAUUAAGUGGAAAUACAGAUGAUAAAAACAGUGUUCUACUCUCUUCAGAUAAGCUAAGGUCUAAAAUCUCACAUGGAACUGCUGACAUUGAUCAACAAAAACUUUUGUCUUCUCAUUGUCCUCCCAUGCAAGAGGAAGUUCACAAACGUACCAGAUUGCAGGUGUUAGAUAGAAUUGGAGAUAUCUUAUAUGACAUGUUAUGCGAGCUCAUAGGAGACCAUCCAAAUUCUCCCCUAUCUGAUGAGCAAAACAGAGAGUGAAUCAAUGAGAAUUUGAGAACAACCACUGCAUUGCAGUCUAAUAUUCAGCUCAUUUCUCAUACAAUUCUAGAAGAUAUCAUUACAAAAUUAUGUAGUGUUGAGAUGGAUCGUAUUUUCACAAAUCCAGAAUUUAAAGCUAUCUCAGAGUAUAUUGACACUGACAGCCCAUCAUUUGCUUUGCUUGUUGAGGAAAUGAACAGAUGCUCUGACAUAAUCUCCAGCAUGGUGUCCAGUGUGAUCCAGCCUGGUAGUCAAGAGGUGACUAACAACACAGGAAAAACUACUGCUCCCAAAAUAGGGACCACAAAAGAAAAGCAUCCAAAUAAACUGAAAGUCAGGGCUUCAGAUAUCUUUGAAAUGGUUUUUGCUAAAUUAGAGGGGUUUGCCAAUAGAAAUUUAGCAACUCUGGGCACUCUAAUGAAUGGAAAUAAAAAAAGCAACAAGACAUACUGGGAAAGUGAAAGUACCAACAUUUGUGCUAACACACAUAAAAAACGAUUGCAGUCUGCUUUAUAUGUGCAUGCAAAGCAAGUAUCAAGUACCAUUUUGAAGGCUAUUCAAACUGAAUUAAAUGUGAGCUUGCCAGAUUUGGAAACAUGUAUAAGCAAGCCACCACGAGAGAAACAAAUUCUUAAGAAUCUAAUCAAUUUAAUUUUAGAUGCACUGCCUACAGAUAUGUUUAAUGAAACUGAACCAGAAGAGAGAGGCAUUGAACAUUACCGAUACAGGCCAAUCUAUGGAAAUUUUCUUCCUGGAGGAGCUGACCCAGAGUCAUAUGGAGAAGAUCCUGCAGAUACAGAGAAUGAAAGUGCUGGAGAGGAAAGACCACUAGAAGAAGAAACUAAAUCAGAUUCUUUUAAGCAACAGGAACUAGAAAGAACAUUAAAAAAAUUUGAAGAAGAACUCAAAGAGCCACAAAAGUCCCCAGUUGUGCCCAUUAUAAGAAAUAUUUUGAAUGAAAUUUUUCAGAAUGAUUUAGUUGAUCAAUUAAAUGUGCUUCCUCUCCCCCAGUCCCAUUUAUAUGACAUUCCUCAUGCUGGUAAUGAGCCAGCUACUCAAACAUCUGUUCAGUCCCUGGAUAAAACAAUGGAUCCUUUAGUGUCUGAAGCAGAUGUAACUGUUGUUGCAGAUAAUGUUGUUAGAACCAUAUUUCAAAAAGUUUAUUCUGCUGUCAUGACAGACAGAAAUGCAAAUGAAAAUAGAUAUAAGACUAUCACCUUUCCAGCAAAUAUCUCUUUUCCUGAACACGCCAGUGGAGGAAAGUCUUCUGUUUAUUCUACCAUACUGGACAGAAAUCCAUGUACAUUUCAGUCCACAUUCAGUAUUAGUAAACUGACCAAAAUAAAUGUUGUUGAAGAUAUUGUACAGUCAGUAUUAACAAGUUUAGAAACAUUCGCUACUUCCAAAGUAAAAGCUCUCUUUUGUCCUCAUAUCAAUUUCACAGUUCCAAUGGCUUUACCUUUACAGCGGGAUGAGACUGCUUUAAGCCAACCAUGGUUAUCUACCAAAGAUUCAUAUUCUGAUGAUCAAUUUUCCUGUUGCUCGGUAGAUCAUAAUAAGUCAGGGAAGACCACCUCAAUAUGUCAAAUGACUGCCUCUAAAUUAAAUAUAUAUGCAACAGAAGUGGCUAGACAAAUUUUACAAGGAAUCAAACAUAAGUUAGAUAAAGAAAUAAAAAGUCCAUUCUUAACUCAUAAUGUGGUUUCUGAAAGUAUUCCAAGUCAUAUUGUUAACACAGUGUUAGAUAUUGUGUCUACUAAAGGCAAAUAUGAAAAAAACAUAUUUGACAGAGAGAUUGAUGCAGGUUGGCCAGAAGAUAUUGUUGAAAAGCUGUUCAAUAAUAGUGAUUAUCGAAAAAAACUUCAAUUUCAAAUACUAGAUACCACUGAGGGUAUCUUAAGUGACAUCUGUGAGAAAACACUAGAUGAGAAUAAUCUCCCGCUUGUUGCGUCCACUCUUAAAUGUAAUGAAAUUGGAAAACAUUUAGAAGCAAACUCUGAAACGGACCCAGAGUGUGCAAAUAAGGCUAUUCCCAUGCUUUUAGUUUCUAAAUCAUGCGUUGCUGUGAUGUCCAAUGAUAUGGUAAAUAUUGUUCUUCAAAGUCUCACUUAUGCUGUCAUGCUUGGCAUAAAUGCAAACGAUUCUAUUUCUCCAAGAUGAUCACCCCUGGCAUUUUCUGAUGAAUUUCCCAAAGCAGAGCGUCAACAAUCUCCUGUUAAGAACUCAGUGAAUGAAAGGAAAAGGGCGAGAUUUCUAUUUGCAAGAAAAGGAAGAGAUGUACAGCUGAAAUCAGCUUAUUCUGAGGAUAAUCAAAUGACUGUAUUUGAGAAACAAGACGCCAAGAAAUCUGCUCCUGACCCAUGUGAGGAAAAUGCUCACUUCAUUACUCAAACUAUUUUGAAUAGAUUAAAAUCUUUUGCCACAGAAAGAAUAGUUUUGCUACUUACUCUUGAUACUCAGACUAGAGAAAAACCAUAUGUUGGCCCAGAAUUUACAAAUUGUAAACAAGAUGAUGGCAUAUUUCUUGAAUCAAACCAAAUGCCAUCGCAUAUGAGUAGCCUGAAAAUAUCGACAGCUGAAACCAUUCUCAGUCAAGAGGUCACAGAUUACACAUUAGCUAAUCACAGGGAAAAACAUAGACCUGCAAUUCAUAUAUCAGAAGCUAGCCUUAAGGAAUAUGCUGACAUAAUCGCCAGUACCAUUUUGAUGCUUAUAAAAAAUGACGUAGACCUCGAAAUGCAAAAGAUGUAUUCAUAUCCAAACAAUACUUCAUCUCAAGAAAACAUCGUUGCGAGUGAAACUGUCAACAACAUCUUAAAGAGUUUACACGAUAAAAUAUCUUUAAAGGCAAGUAGUUUUUACUCAAAGCAGAACUCUAGCCUUUUUAUACAACCAGCUGUACAAAAUGAAAUAUUGCUGGGUCAAAGAAAGAUGGAAGACAACACUGAACUGUCUCUCUUUUCAAAAUACCCAGAUCAAAACCAAAUUAUAUCAGAAGCAGAAUACCUGAGAAGGGUUGUGGAAGAAAUAUUUAGAAUUGGAGAACCUAAAAGAAAAAAAACAACUGCUUUGUUAAGUGCAGUUAAGGAAAUUUUAAAGAAGAUGUAUCAAAGGGUAAUGGAAGACAUAGACCGUUGGCCUCCAUUUAAUGAACUCCCCUACUUUACAUCUGAUUCUAAAAUUAAAACAGCAGGAGCAGCACGAAAAAAAGGCUUGCAGUCACAUAUAAGCAGUGUUGCAAAUGAUAUAGUUGAAAGUGUUUUCAGAAAAAUGUUCUCAAUAGUUAUGACAUCCUUAUAUGAAAACAGUGAGAACAGGGGAGAAUCGGAAGCAUCUGGCAGUGAUGAAUUACUGAUGAAUCCAUCGUGCUUUAGGAGACUGAAACAAACAGAAAAAAGUAUUCCCCCUGAACAUGUGAUACCUCAAGUUUAUCCUUACACAGGCAUUAGAAGUGUCACUUCAUUGGAAAACAUCCUAUUGAAAUUUUCUCCAUUGCAAGUGGGCGAAGAAUUGGUCCAAACAGUUCUCGAAAAGAUCACAAAUUUUGCUUUACUGAAUCUAGAAGAGAGUUUGCCCCCUAAAGCUGGUCCCAAGGGCAGCCCUAAGGCAAGUUUUAGAACAAAUUUUAUAACAAAAUCAAAAAUUACCUCUUUGCCUAAAUUUAAAACAAAACCACAGCUAGGACCUAGUGGUACUAAAGCCAAAAGCAAGAUCGAGUUCGGUCCUGGAGAGAAGACUCUAAAAGGCAGCUGGUCCAAGACUGCCAUUGGGCUGCCACACCUGCGAUCAACAGGGGAUGCCAAAAACUCCUUAGUGAGACUAAAACUCCCCACAGUAGAAAAAAAAAUGUAUGCCAAGGAUAUAGUAAGCAAUAUUCUGGAAACAAUUGUGAAUGAAUUUCAAAAGGUGAGGCAAAAUAAAGCAAUGGUAAAUGUAAAUGCUUCACCUUCUGAUCAAAUUGUGACAGCAAGUGAAAUAGUUAAUGCAGUUUUGCAAGGAUUAUAUGCUAAAAAGAACAACAAUUUGGCUGACCCAAUAAAAGGCUCAUAUUCAGAUCUCAAACUUUCACAGAGGCAUUUUAGUACAAUCUCUCCUGCAAAUCCAGAAGCCCAUUUCUCUUUGGAGAAUGUUUCUCCACAGCUAAAGAAAAUCCCUAAAGAAGAUAUUUUUAAACAAAUGUUUGAUAAGUGGAAAACAGAAUCAAGUGACAUGGAAAAUGAAAAAUAUAAGCUAUUGAUGAUAGCUGAGACCGUCUUGAAUGAAAUUUCAAUGAAAGCAAAAGAAUUAGAACAAUCUGUUUCAUUUUUAAAUUUCUUACCUCUAGAGGCUUGUGAAAGCGGGUACCAUAAUUUUAAAAGAGCUGCUUCUAGAGCUGAGUGUUCUCAAGUACAAAUUAAUAUAUUUGGCCAGGAAAUUGUUGAAAAGCUAUUUGAAAAAUUAGAGUUGUGCUUCUUGACUCAGACUUCGUAAGAUAGUAAAGAAAUGCUAGAAAGCAAGAAAGAAACUACUGCCAGAAGUAAAUGUGGUUCCUUAAGAACAAACAACCUCAACAGUGUACAAACUUAUAACACAAAAUUGAAAGACCAAAAAUUGGGGGGCACUAGCCACCAAAUUGCUCAAGAAAUCAUGGAAGGGGUUCUGAACACCUUUGAGUCAUUUGCAGACCUACAGUUUAAACAUGUCUUUACAUAUUCUUUUUCUGAAAUUGUGAAAAUACCUAUUGAAAACUUUUUUGGUGUCCAACAGUAAUCAUUAAUGAAAACAAUACUGCCCAAGUUACAACCUUUGAAUAAGUUUCCUGACGAAUCUACAUCAAGUAGUAUGAUUUCCCAGGAAAAUAUUCAGAAUACCCUUCGACAGCUUCACUCAUUCCAUUCAGAACUGCUUACAUAUACUGCUAGUACUGUCAAUAACAUGCUUGGUAUAAUUAAGAACAAGCUAGACAGAGAAAAAUGCCAAGUGCAACCAUCUUUGAUUACAGUAUUUGAAGAAAAUGUUGUAGCAAGUUAGAUCAUCAGCACACUGAUGGACCAGUGUACUCAUUUCUACGAGUCAAUGAUCAAAAGCCAUGCAAAGGAGAAUCUGUUCCAAGGAACUGAAAAUGCCUGUACUGUUAAUCAGCCCGAAUUUGCAACCGGGAGGGGAAUGUCCACUUCAAAGUCAAAGGGAGUUAACUGCGAGGAUGAUCCUCCACAAAUCCCUGGCUUGCUAUUUUAUUCAGAAGAACAUAUGAAAAUAAAGGACAAGUCUUCCUCAAAUCUACCUUCGUGUGUCAGAUACUCUGCAGGAGAUAGAACUAAAACCAGAGAGCCAAUGGAAGGGCUCGAAUCAAAACUUAAACCAUCAUAUUCUAGAAGUGAAACUCAAUGCCUCAGCCACUUGGAUCAAGCUGUGAAAGGAAACAGCUCUACCCCAAAAAGCAGUCUUACAAAACUAUCUCAGAAAUCCAGUGACUCUGUGCAAGCAGCACUAGAGCACCCUAUGUCCUUCAGACAAAUGGAAGAAGGUGAAAAUCAAGGAGUGCUUCACUAUGAGCCCUCCAAACCCGUUGUUAAGCCAAACCAAAUACAGACGACCGUUUCUCCACUCAAAAUAUGUUUAGCUGCAGAAAAUAUCGUCAAUAUCAUGCUACUGAGUUAUGGCCUUCCAAGUCAAACCCCACACACUGAUGAAAGUAUAGAAACAAUGAGGCCAUUUUUUGUAUCAAAAGAAAGGCCUUCAUCUAUAAUGUCUGAAGAACAAAAGGAUAAGAAAAGCUUACUUAAAAUAUGGGAAAAAAGAAUCAGCUAUAAACCAAAGAAAAAAAACAAAAACCUUGUAGCAAGUGGAGAAGAUUUCACUUUAAUGGAAAAGUGGAAAAAUAAGUACCCAAAGUUAGAGAAAAUAGCAACUCUUGAGGAGGCUGAAGUCAUUGCUUUUGCACAUCAGGAACUGGGACAACAUGAAAUCUCUUUAGUAGCAAGAUACGUUACUAUAUCUGUGGUCACACAUUUCAAGAACUUCGAAACCAGAGGUCCUCUUGAUGAAAAAGUAUCUAUUGUUUCCACACUGUUAAAGAACAAAUAUGAAUCAAAACAGCCUCUAAGAAGCAUAAAGGGUGAUUCUUCGCUUAAAAAGUUUUGUGAGCAUCUCACUGAACUGGUUAUUUUCUAUAUAAUUUCAAGCAUUUCCGAUUUCACCAAAGAUGGUGGAAAAAAACAGAAAUCACUGGAAAACCAAGAUACAACUUUUAGCAAGGUUAUUUUAGUUUAUUCCCAAGUGUUUGAGAGUCGGUCAAUUUCUAUCAGAGGACUUGCUUUAAGCAUUUCUGAAAUCAUUAUUCGAAUCCUUUGUAAUAGUGACAUUUUAAAGGCAGACAUUACGCAACAAACGGUUUCUGUGAUAAAAUAUAUUUACUGCCCAAGAAUAGCUGUGGCUGACUUUGACGAUCUCUUUCAAGAUCUAUUAAUAAGAGUGAUCCAUGUUCUGUCCAAAGAAAUAGGAACAAAUCAUCAUCCUGACAGCAAAGGAAGAAACAAAUCACUUUCCAUGCUUAAAAGCCAUAGUUGGCCCAUUGGCAACAAAACCGAAACAAUGAAAAGACAGACAGGCCCUAGAGGUUGGAAAUCAGCUCCUAUUCACCGAAUUAAUCAACUAGUACAGAAAAAUAAACUAAAUUCUCUGGCAUGUAAGUUACAUACUCUGGUUGGUAGCCUAAAAACUCAUGAAUCCAAAGAAGUAGUCAAUAAAAUUUUCAAUAUUGUUUUUGAUUUGUUUUUGCCAGAUGAAUGCCAAAAUUGGGAUAUGGAUUCUGAUAAAAGAGAAAGAAAAAUGUUCCUAUCUUCAAAUAUCCAGCAAAGUCAUAGAAUACCUAGAAAUAACCUAGGGCUCUCCCCAAAAUCAGUUUUUCCUUUCAAUGUUGUGUGUGAGAAACUUAGAAUACUUUUGGAAGAAUGCACAACCAACAAACUCCUUACAAAUGGUACUCUUUCUGAUGAAAUAUCAGCAGAACAUCAACUGUUCAACAUACUUCAAAAUGUAGAGGAUUAUUGCAGGGGAAUAAUGGACAAUGGCUCACCAUUUGAAGGGUAUGACAUGUCAGACCUUUUUGAAAAUCUGGCAGAAAUAAAUCAAGAAUCUAUGCUUAGUAUUAUUUCCCAUAGCUUGGUAAAAUCCUUAAUGGAAAAACUGUCACAUGGUAUGCAGCGACCUCCCAGAAGUACACCUUUUACAAACAAGCAUUUAAUGUACAGGACAAGAGAGAGAAUUCCUAGUUUCCCAAAAGUGAAAAGGCCAGAAUUAAAAGAAUCAAGACAGGGUAAAGUCUCUGUAAGAUUCAUGAAUUAUGACAGCAAGCCUUUGACAGGGCCAUUGAAUAAUCUUAGGGUGGUUCAUUCCCAAAGGCAAGCCCCAUUUGGUAAGCGAUUUUCAGGAAAAGUUACCUCUCUACCUCCUCUUCGAAGAGCGAGUGAAAAGGAACUGAAUGCAACAACCAUUCUUAACAUGCAACAUCCAGGAGGCAUGAGCACAGGAGUUUACUCUGCUACGUUUCUGGAGGAAAUAAUUGCAUACAUUUUUCUCAAUCUCUCUACCUCAUUGCAGGGCAAAAAUGUAAACAUCACUGAAGCCCAGCUCAAUGAAAUAAAUAUAUUAGAUGUCAACUCUGUGGUAAAUGAGUUUAAUAAUGCUCGAGUCACUGUUUUACGGGAUGUUGAAGAAAGGAUAUGUUUUCCACCAAACUGUAAAGAAACUGUUAGUAAGAUCGUUGACUCCGUUUAUAAUGAUGUUUCAUGGGAAUAUACAUUAAGAGUCACCUGUGGCAAUCACCUGGCACAGGCUACCACCUCAAUAGCAGAACAGAUAACUAAUGGCAUACUGAAAGAGAGUUUAGAAUUCCAACUCCCAUUGUGCUUUGUAGGAAAGCUCAUGCCUAAUUCAUAUUACCCUCUCAAAGCUGAAAAUAUACUACAGAAACUUCAAAACAACCUGAGAGAACUUAAUUACCAAGGUCAACAUUCAGCAAGCUAUACUACCGUGUUAUCACACUCAUUUUUAGAAGAUGUCAUCAGAAGGCUAUUAUCUCAGCUCAGUCCUCCACCUAGCAGGGCUUCAUGCUUGGGAAAGCAAUGUUUCAUGACUUCAGAUUUUAAUGAGAUAUCCACCUGUAUAAUAGAUAAGAUUUUGUUAGCCAUUUCAAAGCAUAAGAUUUGGCUCACUGAAUAUGAUUGCCAACAUCUAUAUACAGAAAAAAACCUUCAAAAUAUGGUGGAGUCUGUUUAUAAUAUUUUGCAGAUGUCUGACUCUCUUGUGUCAAUACAGAAAAGUAUAGUAAGCCAAAGCCCGAUUAUGGUUGAUCGAAUGGCCGGUCUCAUUAUUUAAGAGAUUAUUGAAAAUCAUCUUCAGCACUUUUUGUGUGCAGAGGGCUUACCUCAUUCAAUGACUCCAUUGGAUAAAAUAUGAAAUAUGGUUAAAGAGGUUCUCAGUGACGUCACAGAGUCACACAUACCCCAGGAGCCACCAUCAUUAGGUAUGGACUUGUAUCCUAAUGCAUUUGUAGAAGAAAUUGUUGUCAGACUAUUAUCAAAGAUCUUCAACCCAAGAUAUAACACUGAGUGUGAACUGGAUAAAAUUACCCCCAAAAUAAUAAACUCAAUAAAUAACCAUUUUAACAAAGCUAAAACCUGCAUUCUUCGUGAUGACCAAGAGCAGUCUUUCCCCACUGUAGAUACAGACACUGUGGAUGAACUCGUCAAUUCAGUUUAUGAGAAUGUUCUGAAACAACAUGGACUGGACCCUGAGGUUGAUAGUAAAGAACUCAAAGACAGUGAUAUUUUUGCAGAAAAUAUUACCAAUUUAAUUGUAGCAGCUAUUUCUGAUUAUCUUUUUCAUCCACUAUUUUCUGGGGAUUUGUCGGCUUCUUCCUAUGCUACUUUAACAGCAGAGAACAUUAUUCAGAACAUCUUUAGUGGCAUCAAUGAAUCUACCAAGCCAAGCCAGCAUUUAUCUCCGUAUAACACCUUGCUGCCAUACACAUUUUUAGAAGACAUAAUCAAAGUACUCUUAUCUAGAAUCUUUCCUUCUGCAUCUAACAUGGCUCCAUACAGCAAAACUCCAAAAGAUAGAUCAGGAAUUAAUUGCAGUGAAAUCUCUUCAAAGCUAAUCAGUGACAUUAGGAUGAAAGUUUCCCAACAUGAAAUUCGAUUUUCAAAAGAUGAAGAAGAAACCAAAUCUAUUUAUUCAGAGGAUGACACUCAGCAUCUCGUUGAUUCUGUAUUCAGAAGCAUCUUGCCAAACUCUGGGUCUCAAGAAGCAGUUGAGCACGAUAUCAUAAGCAGUAACAAUGUUCUUAUUGAUAGAAUAGCAGGUUUUAUCAUUAAAAGUAUCUGUCAACAACAUCUCCAUCCAUUUGUGUGUGGAAACUCAUUACUUCCUCCAUCAUGUCCAUACUUUGAGGAUGCGAGAAGGCAACAUUUUUUUGCCAGUGUUUACUCCUCAGCAUUUUUGAAAGAUGUGAUCUCUGGGGUUUUAAGCAAAAUAUUCCACAGGGUGUUCGGUAUUGUGCAAACAAAAUCAAUAAGAGAUUUGGAAAAAGAACUGCUGGAAACAGCCGAAAAACUCGUAUAUUUGAUAACAGAAGAAUUCUCAAAAGCUCAGGUUAGCAUCCUAGAAAAUACCAUGGAACAACUGUGUUUGCCACCAGUAGAUAGAGACAUAGUGAUCAAAAUUAUUGGCACGGCAUAUAGCAAAGUUUUACAAGAAUAUGAAUUGGAAUCUGAUAAGGACUUUCUUAGUGACACAAAGACAUUGGCACAGAGGGUAACUAAAAUUAUCCUGGCUGAAGUUUUUGAUUUCCAAAUUCAUCCAGAUUUCAUAGCAAAGCUGCCUUUUAAAUCAUAUUCAAAACUCAAUACUGAUGUUUUGAUAAAGCGAGUUCAUUAUGCUAUUAGUAAAUCAAGACUCCGAAGACAGACUUGUACAAGAUAUACCACCGUAUUAUCACAACAUUUGGAAAAAAUUGUCACUCAGGUUUUAUCUCAGAUAAGUCCAUUGAACUGCAGUGCAGAAGAUCCAGACCUUUUGCAAUCAGACUUCAGCAACACAGUUGUGAGACUGAUCGAUGAAAUCAUGUCAAUAAUUUCUAAACAUGCAAUAUGCAUUAUUAAACAUGGAAAUGCAAAACAAAAUGUGAUUUCAGGAAAAGGCAGCCAGGCUAUGCUUGAUGCCAUUUAUACUGAUAUUUCUCAUUCAAAUCUAUACCAGUCUCUUACAAAAGGUAAAAAAGGCAUAAGUAAUAUACCUGUUACAAAAAUAGUGAGUUAUAUAAUAAAAGAAAUAUUUAACCAUCAUCUUGAGUUAUUUUUAUCUGGAGUUAACACUCUUCCUUCAGGUACAGUGGAUCAAACUUAACAGAGAGCAAUAGAGCCUAAACAAAGAGAAUUAUCUUUCAUUGUGAACUCGGCUGUCUUUUUGGAGGAAGUAAUUUCUGAGCUUUUAUGCAAAAUCCUUUAUGUAUUCUCACAUAAUGUCUUGGCUGCCGAAAACCCAGGUAAAGCAAAAGCCAACAUUACUGACGUUGUUACAUUAGUAAAAUCAAUUGUGCUGGAGUUCACCACAUCACAGAUUUUAGUUUCAGAUCACUUGGAUGGAAAUCUGUAUUUUUCAGAGGGAUAUAAAGAAAUGGUUAAAAAAACUGUCAACCUAAUUUAUGAAAAAAUAUUAGAUGACUAUAAAUCUCUGAUUCAUAUUUAUAGAUCUAUACAAAGUGAUGCUGUCAGCUUUGGAAAAAUAAUAUAUUAUUUGCUCCUCAGAGAAAUUUAUGAUUAUCAGGUGGAGUCAUUAGUUUUGGGAUAAUUAGCAACGUCUUCCUAUUCUUCCCUCCAGGAUGAGAAGAUCAUCAGAAAUGUGCUCGACACCAUCAAUGAUGGUAGCCAUGUCUUGCCAUCAUGCAUCACUGUAUUGUCUCGUUCCCUUUUAGAAGAUAUGAUUUACAAGCUUCUUGCAUAUAUAUUCCCUUCCUCUGAGACUGAAACGGAACUAAAUGAGGAAGAGGUGCCACCAGAUUACGAGUUUGUAAAUGCAGCUUCAAAACUGACUGAGGAAAUUAUAACAGAAGUUUCUGAACAUGAGAUUAGACUUGCCACAGCAGAAGAACAUGUGGAAAAUAUGCAAUUAGGAGCAAUUGAGAACUUCACUGAUUCCAUAUGUAAUAAUAUUAUUAAAAAGUUUAAAUUCAAAGAUGAAGCACAGAAAGAUACAUGCAAAAACGGAGGCUCGUUCCUCAGGAGAAUAGCUGGUUUCAUUAUAAAGGAAAUUUUGGACCACUGUCUGCAGCCAUUUUUACAUGAUGAAGAAUCAUCUCCCAGUGACUUACCCGAAAAUGCCCAUGUCAUUGAACUCUUGAAUCCUGGUAAAGAAAAAACACAGUCCUUCCCACAGUCUUCUGUGUAUUCUGCUACAUUUUUGGAAGAUGUCAUAAUUGACCUUGUUCACAAAUUUUAUACACUCCCAAGUAUUGCUUAAAAUCCUAAGGACAAAGAGAUAUCAGAAAGAGACCUCAUGGGUACAGCUAUAAAAUUUGCCAAUGCCCUGAUAGGGGAAUUGAAAAGUGAAAUUAAAGUUCUAGCAAAUGCUGAAGAAAUGUUUUCAUUUCCACCAAUAGAUAAAGAGACAGUCAAUAAAGUAUCUGAUUCUGUGUAUGAUAAGGUCAUAGAAAUAUAUGGACCUAACAAUGUUCAGAAAGAUGAUAGAAGUAGCAUUGUUAUAGAGAUGAUUGCUGCUUUAGCCAAGAAGGCAGUCUCUGCUUUCAAGAUUCAACCACUUUUUUCGGGAGACUGGUCUUCCACCUUCUCAUUUCUAGCUGUGGAUAACAUCAUCCAAAGAGUUCAACACCAACCAUAUAAAACCUUUACAAAGAUAAACAGAAGCUUGAAGGGGAACCCUGUUUCUCCACCAGAACAAUUAUCUACACUUACUCCUCUUACCUCAGGCCUGAAAGACAAAAUGGACACUUUGGAAAUAGGUAGAGGAGCACUUAAUGGAAAAGAGAAUUUCAAAAAGGAGGAGACUAUGUUAAAUAGGAGCAGCAUCCAUGAGCCAAUCUGUGCCACUAUAACUGGCAUUACAAAGAGCAAAGUAACUACCCUAGCAUCAGGGUUAGCUGAAGGUAUGGCAAAUAAAAAGAAAGGGGAUGAAAAGAAAAAGGAAAGUCUAAUUGGAAAAGGUAAUGAGAAGGUAUCAAAAGUUACGAGUGCAAAAAGUAAAAAUACUCAGGGGCCAGAUGUGCGUACAGGACUUACAAAGAAUGAAAUCAAGAAAAAAGAUAGCUUGGCUAGAAAAGAUGAGAAAGGGCAAGGUGGUGUGGUAUAGCAAUGUCUCUCACCAGUUACCAAUGAUACAAAAAAGAAGAAGGUUGUCCUGGAACGAGAUUUAAAAGUAGAUUAUAAAAAGAAGAGUGACAAGAAAAGAGAAAAUUCAUUAGAAAAAGAGGAUAGAUCUUUUGAAUCACCACCUCUGAAAUCCAAGGUGAGAAGUAGAGAGAUCCAAGAGAAGAGAGAUUCGCCAGCUUACAGAGUUACAGAUGACAAACAGAUCUUGCAUCCUAAACAUGUCCAAAAUGUCACUGAAAGCAUUUAGAAAUAGAAAUUUAUAGAAUUUAAAGAAAUAUCUUCUAUCCAAGGACCGGUUGAUGAUUCAAAACCCCCAAAUCCUCUAGGUGAUAAAGCAGCAUCUGUAACUCAAGCAGAUGGCAAGGGUUUUGCACAGCCUGCUUCAAUGAAUUCAGCUAAACAAAAUCCUCCUGCAAAAGAGGAAGAGAAUGAGAAAAGUAAAGAUAAAGAGAAUACAAGUCAACCUAGUAAAUCAGACAGUCCUCAGAACCUAUCAGACAAUAACCCCAGGAUUUUCCCUGCUAACUUUUUAGAAGAUGUUAUCUCUGAAAUAGUUAACAAAUUGAUUUUUUAUUCCUCACCAGGUAUAGAUGACACAUGUCAAAAUGUAAUCAAUAAUGGAAAUCAAUCUGAGCUCUAUGACACAGCUAUGAAACUGAUUGACUCCCUGUUAAAGGAGUUUUCAGAUGCUCAAAUUAAAGUAUUAAACCCAGAUCAAGUAAGGCAGCUCCUCCUAUCUGCAGAUACAGUUUUAUCAGUUCAUAAAGUACCUCUCAGGCAAAAAGAACCAUCUGUGGAUCAAGAAGCUCAUGAGAAAAAAAUAAUUAUGGAUAAAAUACCACCCAUACAUAAAAUGGCACCUGCAACUAAAACACCUUCUUUAGAUGAGGCACCUUUUACGGAUAAAAUACCAUCAGUCGAUAAAACGUCAGUCAAUAAGAUUGUUCACUCUUCUAUAUGCAAUAUUUUGAAGGAUUAUAGAUCUCAAUACUCCAUUUGUAAGGACAUAAAUAGCAAUGGUGAAAAUUUAGCAAGAAGGCUAGCUAAUGCAGUAAUAGAUGAAAUUUUUCAGCAUCAGCUAAACUUGCUACUUUAUGAUGAGGUUCCAGCUUCAGUAAGUUUGCCUCUAGAAUCUAAAGAGAUUAUGAAAAAGGUCCAUAAGGUGGCCCAAACAGCCUGCAAAGAAUGUCAAACAUCAUCGCCAUAUACCAUAAUGCAGCCUUAUGAAUUUUUAGAAAGUAUAAUUUCUUCUCUUCUAUCAAAAAUUUUGUCAACAGUGGCUAACGCCAAAACAGAAAUUUCUGAGGAUAAUUUGUACCCAGAACUGGAUUUUCUUCAAAUCAAGUUAGUAAGUACAAUUAUGACAGAGAUCUCCAACGAUGAAGAUAUGAUUAUACAGUAUGUAGAAUCCUUACAUCCUAAUGAUUAUGAAAUUAUUCAAUUAGUAGUUCAGACUAUUUAUAAUAAUCUCUUGCCACAAUUUGGAUCUCAAGAGAGCAUACAAAAUUGUGUCAACAGUGGUUGCAAAAUCCUUUCAGAAACCAUAGAAUUAGUUGUACAGGAAGUAGCUGGCAAUCAGUUGCAGAACUAUUUUUCUGGAGAGCUAACGCCACAUCAACGUACAGAAAUUGACAAUGUUGUUGAAAAUAUCCGUAAAGAUGUUAUCCACACUGGAGUUCCGCAGCCUCAACCAUCAUGGGCUUACAAACUGCCUUUUAACAUAAUAGAAGAAAUUGCUGUAAAUUUUUUGUCAAAGCUUUUAUCUAUGUUUCCAAAAGCAGAUAAGGAACCAAACAAUUCUCUAAGUGCUGAAAUGCAAAAAAUAAUCUCAAAAAUCUUAAGUUCAUUCCAAGAAUAUAUCUUUAAAAGUCAGAUUAUAGUAGUACCACAGGCCAAAGAAUCACCCACUAUAUCUUUAGCAGACAGUGCAACUAUUGAAAAAGUAGUUACUUCUGUUUACAACAGUGUUUUAAAGUGCUCUGGCUGCCAUAGUUCAGUGUAUAAAGAUUUAAUGGGUAAGAGCAAUGUCCUCUCUGAUAUAAUAGGAUUUUUAAUGGUGAAGGAAAUUUCCAAUUCACAAUUUCAUCCUCAAGUAGAGGAAGAAGCAUCAAGUUCAGAGUUAGUUCUGGAAGCUGUCAAAAUUAUGGAAAAAGUGGUUAAGAUUAUUGAUGACCUUAAGUCGAAGAAAAAGCCUUCAUCCGAAAAAGAGGCUAUGUUAGACGCCAGGUUUUUAGAAGAAACACUGGCCUUAUUCUUGGCUAAACUAGUAAAGUUGCCAAGUGCCUCAAGCAAAGAUGCUAAAAACUUAUCAAAGCCUGAGUUAAAUAAAAUUGCAUCUCAAUUGACGAAAUCUGUGACAGCUGAAAUUUCCAGAAACAAUAUUAGUGUUGUAGCUGCUAAUCCUGACAAAAACUUUUUAAGUCCAGAAAGCAUAGAAAUUAUUUCUCAGGUGGUUGAUUCAGUUUAUAAUCAUGUACUACAACAAUCUGGAACACACGAAGAACUUUAUCAUGACAUGAAAGGUACAAACAACGUCUUUCCUAAAGAGGUGGCUUCUUUAAUUAUCAGUAAAGUUUCAAAUUAUCCUUUAGAAACAAUUAGCCCAAAAGAUUCACGUGCUGAUCUCUUUGGCCAUCUGGACACUGGUCGAAUUGUUGAAAAGGCACAUGUGCAUGCUGUUAAAAUGGAACCUGAGCUAGAGCAAAAAGAGUUAGAUCAAGAUUUAAGUGAAGAGGAACUUCCAAUUAAAAUAAUUCCUCACCGUAGGAAACGACCAAUCAAUAUCGAUCCAGACAUUGUUGCAGAACACUUAGGAGUUAUUUCUAUAAAAACCCAACCUCUUGAGAAACUGCAGAUGGAGUGUUAAGCUAGAACUGGACAUAGCAUUGAAGCACUGAGAAGGAUGUCAAUAAGUGGAAACAGUUACCCCACAGAUGCAUCUGAUGCAGGAAAGAGAAAGAGAGAAAAACGCAGCUCAUUGGAUAAGGCUGGAUGACUGAAUGUAAAGCCCUUCGAGAUUGCUAGUAGGAAUUCAUUUCAGAAUUUAAUAAAGCCCGACAUCACCAAAGUGGAGCUUUUAAAAGAUGUCCAAAGCACAAAAGAUCUUAUCAUUCGUUUGGUAGCUCAUAAUAUUGAUCGAGAAAAUUCAAAAAAUAAAGUAGAAGAGACUUUAACUUCUGAUGAAGAUGAAGUUGUUUUACAAGAGGUUGUAAAUGAAAAAUUUCCAGAAGGCCCAUUUGAAGAUCAAGUGAAAGAAGACGUGAAGCCCAUUGCAAGCACAGUGGCUUUUCCCAAGCCACUGAUGAGCCAGAGCAAUCUGAAAAAAUUUUUGUUACUAGUAAAAUGUUGUCAUCCCAAAUCCAGUCUAACUACAACAAAUGUUGAAGCAUCACCAGCUCAACGGACAGAAUCUGAGGAGACACAAAAAAGAAGAAUUGUUUCUAAGGUUGAUGUGACUACCUCAAAACCCUCGACUGACACAGACUCUUGCUUUUGGGAGAAAAAGACACCACUAAGUAUGGAAGAAAUGAAAUCUAGUACCGAACCGAUAGAUUUCUUCGCAUUUAGAAAUCUGAGUUCAUGCUCAUAUGAUGAAGAGGAUCUGCCGUCAUUUUCUAGGUAUAGUCAGUUAAAGCAAUACGAGUUGGCUAAGAAAAUAGAAGUCUGGAAUAAAAAGUAUGUUGAUGGCAAGAAUGGGCCCCUCAGAUAA